AUGGAAUUUACAAUGAUGGAUUCACAUGACAAGGUGCCGGACACCAGCGAGACCAUUCAAAUAUCAUCAUUGGCUCUGUUGAAAAUGUUGAAACACGGCCGUGCAGGCAUACCCAUGGAGGUGAUGGGGCUCAUGCUUGGUGAGUUCGUGGACGAGUUCACAAUAAAGGUGGUAGACGUGUUUGCUAUGCCGCAAAGCGGCACAGGUGUUACCGUCGAAGCAGUUGACCCCGUAUUUCAAACACAGAUGAUGGAUACUUUGGCAAUAACCGGUCGCAAUGAAACCGUGGUCGGCUGGUAUCACAGCCACCCGGGUUUCGGGUGUUGGCUGAGUAACGUCGAUAUAAGCACACAGUCCGCGUUUGAACAGCUGAAUAAGAGGGCAGUGGCCGUUGUCAUCGAUCCUAUACAGAGCGUGAAGGGAAAAGUUGUGUUGGAUGCUUUCAGGUUAAUUCCAAACCAGAUGGGACUGACAGUGUCUGAGUACAGGGAGGUUACGAGUAAUAUAGGGUAUUACAACAGUCCAUCGGUGAUAGCACUUCUGCACGGGCUUAACCGAAAUUACUACUCGUUUAACAUACAGUACAAGAAGACUGAGAUGGAGGAAAAGAUGCUUUUAAAUCUGCACAAAAAGAGUUGGACAGAUAAUUUGAGGAUUAGGAGGCUGAAAUCCGAAGAGACUAGCAGGAAAAUGAAAGACCUGGCGAUGAAUUAUCUUAAGAGGGUAGAGGACGAAAAAAAUUUGACAAAGGAAGAAUUAGAACUGUAUAAAAUGGGCAAGCUUGAUUUUAGGAAGCAUUUACUGGACACAUGUGAAGAUGUAUGUAACGAAAACACGUUGCACAAUCUCUUGGCAGCCAUACAUUCCACCAUCCUUUACGAUUAAAUCAUUUGUGAUAACCACUUUCUCAACGUGGCUGGCAGUUGCUCGUCAAGCGAACAUUUUUC